AUGGAUAAAAAUAACAAGCUUUCCAGUUUCAUUGACAUAAGGAAUAUCUCUUUCUUCGAAGUUGGAAUUGGAAUCACAGCCAAUACCACCUUUGUUUUCUUCCACAUCCACACCUUCCUUCUCAAGCACAGACUCAAGCCCACUGACCUACUCAAUGGUAACUUGGCCCUAAUCCACAUAGUCAUGCUGCUAACCAUGGGGUUCAUGGCUACAGACAUCUUUGGGUCUCAGAAAAUUUGGGAUGACAUCAAAUGUAAAUCAGUUAUCUCACUGUACAAGUUGAUGAGAGGCCUGUCCAUUUGUACUACGUGCCUACUGAGUGUCACCCAGGCCAUCACCCUGAGCUCCAGAAGCUCCUGUUUGGCAAAGUUAAAACAUAAAUCAUCACAUCACAACCUGUAUUGUAUUCCCAUUCUAUGGAUCUUUAAUAUGACCAUAAGUGGUUACUUCUUAAUAUCUGUCAUUGCCACCCCCAAUGUGACUGCCCUCCAUCUUCUAUUUGUCACUGAAUCCUGCUCACUUUCGCCUAUGAGUUACUUCCUUGGGUACAUAUGUUUUGCACUGGCGACAUUCCAGGAUGUCUUCCUGAUGGGGCUCACGGCCCUCUCCAGUGGGUACAUGGUGGUUCUCUUGUACGGUCAUAAGAGGCAGUCCCAGCAUCUUCACAGCACCAAUCUUUCUCCAAAAGCAUCCCCAGAAGAAAGGGCCACCCACACCAUUCUGUUGCUCAUGAGUUUCUUUGUGGUCACUUACUUUUGGGACUGCAUUUUUUCCUCCUCCUCAACAAUGAUGUGGAACAAUGAUCCUGUGCAUUUGUGUCUCCAGAUGCUUCUGGGAAAUGGCUAUGCCACCAUCAGUCCUUUGGUAUUAAUCAAUAGGAAAAAACCCCAAAUAAUCAGGGUCUUAAAAUCCACAUGGGUGGAACAACAAUAA